UUAGCUACUGAACCUCUGUCGAACGCAAACAACAAACCUCUCUAGCUAAAUAAAAUGUCUUCCCCUCUCGACUCCGCCACCUACCCACCGCCGCCGCCGCCGCCGCCCUUCCCAAUCCUAACCUCCGAUAUCUCCGGCGAUCUAUCCCCUCCGCCCACCUCCUCCUCUUUCAGCCCCAGUCUCCUCAUCAUCGCAGCAAUCCUCGCCGCCGUCUGCCUCACCUCCGCCGCCAUCCACUUCCUCCUCCGCUUCCCCUACCGGCCUUCCUCUUCAUCCGCCUCCUCCACCUCCUCCUUGCCGCCCCUCAUUCGAUCCACUUCCCAAGCCUACGAAUGCGCCGGAUCUGGAUCCGGGCCCUCCACCUCCUCUGACUGCGCCGUCUGUCUCUCCCGCUUCCGCCCCGGCGACGAGCUCCGCCUCCUCCCGGCCUGCCGCCACGCCUUCCACUCCCCCUGCAUCGACACCUGGCUCCGCUCCCCCGCCGCUUCCUGCCCCCUCUGCCGCUCCCCGGUCCACCUUCCUUCUCCUCCUCCACGGCCGCCCAUAGCGGAGGUCGAGGGGAGCCAGAGGGCGUGGCUGAAGAACUACGUCGACCGGUUGGUUUCCUCCGACUCAUCGCGCCGUUUCUCCGCUAGGUGGAUCCGCCGCAUCGACGGCACCGGGAACCUGGACGCAUCGGCCGUCGGCACCAGCGGCGCCCACCACGCCUCCCGAUGGACGACCGAUCCAGUGGCAGUACCGUAAAUAAAAGCAAGUACAUGGGCGAAAUCGUGCAGGUGUCCUCUGCGGUGUGGCCGCUCCAGGUACCGAAGCUUCUUCCGGAUUAGUGUUGCCCAAAGAAAGGACACGGUACGCUGAUUAUUUACGAUAUUUUGCCACUGAGGCAGUUCCGCAGUUCCGCAGCGAACUCGAUGUGUUUCUAUUUUGAAAUCAAAUUAUUAUUAUUAUUACAAGUAAAUAAAUAAUUAUAUAUAUAGAAGCAAACCGUUACGUCGUGUCGUGAUCGAGAAAAUAUCACUUCCCCCAAAGUUUGAAAAGUCAACAGUAUGUUGAUAAAAUAUAAUUUUUUUAUUAAUCAUGUUUACUAUCGAGGAGGAAAAUAUGGGUUUAACUUGUUUAAUGGA